AUGCCAGAUCUCAUCCUUCACGAGUACUCUUGGUCCGGCAACUGCUACAAGAUCCGCCUCACUGCGUCACUUCUGGGCAUCAAGCUUAAGGACCGGCUGGAAUACGAUGUCCUCAAAGGCGAAACACGCACGCCCGAAUAUCUGUCCAAGGUGAACGCGAACGGCCGCAUUCCAGUACUCCAAAUCGGCGAAGAUACGUUUUUGCCUGAAAGCGGUGCAGCAUGCCACUACCUUGCAGACGGCACGAACUUGCUCCCCACCGAUCGCCUGCAGCGCGCCCAAGUGCUACAGUGGAUGUUCUUUGAGCAAUACUCUUUUGAGCCAUAUGCAGGAACCCUUCGCUUCUGGCUCGCGAAGAGGGACCUCGAAAGCCUGUCGCAGGAGCAGAAGGAAUCGAUUCCCGAGAAACGUAAACAGGGCGACGCAGCGCUGGCUAUUAUGAACGAACAUCUCUCUACGAGAAUGUUCUUCGUGGCGGAAAAGUUGACAGUGGCGGAUGUUGCUCUCUACGCUUAUACACACGUGGCACCAGAAGGCGGUUUCGACUUGUCCAUAUUCCCGCAUGUCCAGGCCUGGUGUGAACGGAUAGCACGGCAACCUGGGUACGUUGCCGUGAACUGA